UCUUUCGUACUCUGUAGUUUCUGGAGUGUUCUUAUUAUCUUCUCGUUGAUCUAUUCCUCCUAUAGUGGAAACUCGGCUAGGGUUUUCCAAAUCCCAGAUCUCUGAUACAGUUUCGAUUAUCAUCUUCUUCGCAUAGUCCAAGCGGGUUAUGGAAGAAAGUAAAAGGAAGAUCUGUGCGCAAUAUGGGUUGUUGCUAUUGGCUUGUUGCUUUUUCUCUCAGCUCUACGCUUCUUCUGAUGUGAAGUUCUACGAGUCGUUUGAUGAAGCAUUCGAUGGGCGAUGGAUUGUGUCUGAGAAAGAGGAGUAUUCAGGUGUGUGGAAACAUGCCAAGAGCGAGGGUCAUGAUGAUUAUGGACUUCUAGUUAGUGAGAAGGCCAGGAAAUAUGCUAUUGUCAAGGAGCUUGACAAUGUUGUUGACCUCAAAGACGGAACUGUGGUCCUUCAAUAUGAGGUUCGCCUUCAGGAUGGACUUGAAUGUGGUGGCGCUUACCUAAAAUACCUCCGCCCCCAGGAAGCAGGUUGGACCGCAAAGGGUUUUGAUAAUGAGUCUCCCUAUACGAUAAUGUUUGGACCUGAUAAAUGUGGAGCCACAAACAAGGUGCACUUCAUUUUGAAACACAAGAACCCUAAGAGUGGGGAGUACGUUGAGCACCACCUCAAGUUUCCUCCUUCUGUACCAGCUGACAAGCUAACCCAUGUUUACACUGCUGUUUUGAAACCGGACAAUGAUGUUCUGAUCUUGGUUGAUGGGGAAGAAAAGAAGAAGGCUAACUUCCUCGCAGCUGAUGAUUUUGAGCCACCACUCAUUCCUGCUGAGACCAUUCCAGACCCAGAAGACAAGAUGCCCGAGGACUGGGAUGAGAGGGCCAAGAUUCCAGACCCAGAUGCUAAGAAACCUGAUGAUUGGGAUGAGGACGCACCAAUGGAAAUUGUAGAUGAGGAAGCUGAGAAGCCUGAUGGAUGGUUGGACGAUGAGCCUGAGGAGGUUGAUGAUCCUGAGGCCACAAAACCUGAAGAUUGGGACGAUGAGGAGGAUGGUGAAUGGGAGGCUCCAAAGAUUGACAACCCAAAAUGUGCAGAAGCUCCUGGAUGUGGGGAGUGGAAACGACCAAUGAUCAGAAAUCCAGCGUACAAGGGAAAAUGGCACGCUCCACUUAUUGACAACCCCAAUUACAAGGGUAUCUGGAAGCCCAGGGAUAUCCCAAAUCCUGACUACUUUGAACUCGUCAAGCCCAACUUUGAGCCUAUUGCAGCUAUUGGCAUUGAGAUCUGGACAAUGCAAGAUGGCAUUUUGUUUGACAAUAUCUUGAUCGCAAGUGAUGAAAAGGUUGCAGAAUCAUACAGGAAGACAACCUGGAAACCCAAAUUUGAUGUAGAGAAAGAAAAACAGAAAGCCGAGGAAGAAGCAGAAUCUGGUGGCCUCAAAGGAUACCAGAAAGUGGUAUUUGACCUCCUCUACAAGGUAGCUGACGUCCCGUUCUUGGGUGAACACAAGGCUAAAGUAUUGGAUCUUCUCGAGAAAGCUGAGAAACAGCCCAAUAUCACAGUUGGUGUUGUCGUCUCAGUCAUAGUUGUUGUCUUCUCAGUUUUAUUGAAGCUUAUCUUUGGUGGGAAGAAGCAGCAGCCUGCUAGAGCCAGUGCAGAGCCUGAGAAAACUGAUGUAGCUGAAACCUCUACUUCCAAUAGUCAAGCCGCUGAGGAGAAGGAAGAGCAGAACGAGGAUGCCGCUGCUGAGGAUGCCGCUGCUGCUCCUCGUCGGAGGACUAGGCGCGACAAUUAGGAGGGGAAGGUGCUAGUUACCUCAGUCGGACUUCUUUUAGAUUUUUGAGCUAGUUGUGUUCCUGUUGUUUUGAAAUCCUUUUCCUCUUUUCUCAAAUUCUUGAUGAUCAAGGAAAGCAAGUUUUUCCAGCAAUUUGCUUCCCCUCCAAACAAGCAUGUAUAACAGUAGUGUAUAUGGGACAAUUUUUAUGUGGAUGUCGAUUGAUCCGAGUAACCUUUCUAUAUCAUAUAUUUCAAAGAAAGAUUUUUCUUGUUUGGUUUCUUUUA